CGCGCGUGUGUGUAGGUGAGUCAGGAAUCAGGAUCUCUGCAGUGGCGCUGGUGUCUCGCUCAGGAUCGGAGUUACCGCGAGUUUCUCUUUGUUUCUCGGAGAAUCAGACGGAAAUCUGCCGGCAUGAGUCCGGCUUGAAGAAGGGAAGGGUGUGGUGUGGUGUGGACCCGCACCAGCGCGCGUCUCCGGCGGUCUGUAUGCGCGCGCCCCGCCGCUCCGCUCCGCACAUCUGCCCGCGGUGAGAGACGCGACGCCCCGAGCCGCAGCAGCAGCAGCAUGGCCGAGCGCGGAUCCGGAGUGCUGAUGAUGCUGCUGGAGCCCCCGGCCCUCGCCAUGACCCUGCCGGCGGAGGUGCGCGAGAGGCUGGCGGAGCUGGAGCUGGAGCUGUCCGAGGGUGACAUCACGCAGAAAGGCUAUGAGAAGAAAAGAGGGAAAUUACUGGCGCCCUACAUUCCCCAGAUACAAGGUGUAGAUCCGUCUCUUCAGAUCGAUCACAGGAUUCAGUCUUCAGCACCGGCGGCUCAUCCGGCCUCCAAACACAACAAACCUCGGCUGGCCAACUCCAGGGAUGAGCGCUUCAGAUCAGAUCUUCAUACAGAAGCAGUUCAAGCAGCUUUGGCCAAAUAUAAAGAGAGAAAGAUGCCGAUGCCCUCAAAGAGACGCUCUGUGCUGGUGCAGUCUUCAGUCGAAGCAUGCACUCCUCCAGACACGUCAUCAGCUUCAGAGGAUGAGGGCUCUCUGCGCCGGACAGGCCGCUUCGCCUCCUCAUCCCCGUAUGCUGCUCAGGCCAGCGUGGAGCACUGGUUUAACAGGGUGAUCCAGGGCUCCUCCACGUCCUCCUCUGCCUCCUCCACCUCCUCACACCCUGGAGGACGAGCGCAGCACUGCACCAACACCAGCUCCGCUUCAGCCGCCACCGUCCUGGCAGACCUGAUGGCACACACACACAUCGACCAGCACUGCGCACCGCCGGAUGUGACGGGUCUGUUGGAGCGCUCGCUGCAUGCGGAGCGCCCACAGGUGGCGUCAGUGCGAGGCCUUCCCCGCGGAUACACACACUCCAGUCUGAUGGAGACGGCCGAUGGCUCUGUCAGGGCAGAUGAGGAGGCCGUGGAUGGUGUUCCAGUCAACAGUCGAGUGUCCUCCAAGAUCCAGCAGCUCCUCAACACUCUCAAAAGGCCAAAGAGACCUCCUCUACGAGAGUUCUUCCUUGAUGACUUCGAGGAGCUUUUGGAUGUGCAGCAUCCAGACCCGCAGCAGCCGAAGCCAGAGGGAGGGGAGAUGCGGCCUCUGAGCGGGGACCCACCAGUGGUCUCCAGUAACCGGCCCUCGUCUCUGCUGGGGUCCUUGCAUCGCUGGGGAAACACUCAGGCCAAGAGCCCCUGCCUGACCUCACUGGACAACACAGGAAAACCCCUCUACACACUCACAUACGGGAAGCUGUGGACGCGGAGUCAGAAACUGGCAUUCACACUGCUUAACAAACUGAGCAGCAGGAAUGAACCACUGCUGAGACCUGGAGACAGAGUUGCACUGGUGUUCCCCAAUAAUGACCCAGUGAUGUUCAUGGUCGCGUUUUACGGCUGUCUGCUGGCGGAGCUGGUGCCCGUGCCCAUAGAGGUGCCGCUCACUCGAAAGGAUGCGGGCGGGCAGCAGGUGGGCUUUCUGCUGGGCAGCUGUGGGGUCACUCUGGCUCUGACCACUGACGCCUGCCAGAAGGGUUUGCCCAAAGCACAGACUGGGGAGGUGGUCACUUUUAAAGGCUGGCCUCGGCUGCUGUGGUUUGUUACUGAUGGAAAACAUGUUGUAAAGCCUCCUAAAGACUGGCAUCCACCAAUACGAGACGCCAGCAACGAGAUCGCAUACAUAGAGUAUAAGACCGGUAAGGAGGGCAGCACUAUGGGGGUCACGGUGUCUCACUCCGCCAUGUUGGCUCACUGUCAUGCGCUCACACAGGCCUGCGGAUACACAGAGGGAGAGGUUAUAACUAAUGUGUUGGACUUCAAGCGGGACGCUGGUUUAUGGCACGGGGUCUUGACGAGUGUGAUGAACAGAAUGCAUGUGAUCAGCAUCCCGUACUCACUGAUGAAGGUCAACCCUCUGUCCUGGAUACAGAAAGUGCACACUUAUAAAGCACGUGUUGCCGUGGUGAAGUCCAGGGACAUGCACUGGUCACUUUUAGCCCAGCGGGAUCAGAGAGACAUCAGUCUGAGCUCUCUACGCAUGCUCAUUGUAGCAGACGGAGCCAAUCCCUGGUCCAUUUCGUCGUGCGAUGCCUUCCUGAAUGUGUUUCAGUCGCGCGGGCUGCGUCCUGAGGUCAUCUGUCCGUGUGCCAGCUCCUCUGAGGCCCUGACCGUCGCCAUCCGCAGGCCUCCAGAGACAGGUGUUCCUCCUCCAGGUAAGGCUGUUCUCUCCAUGAGUGGUCUGAGCUAUGGAGUGAUUCGGGUGGACACCGAGGAGAAGCUCUCCGUCCUCACAGUGCAGGACGCGGGACAGGUGAUGCCCGGAGGGCUGGUGUGUGUGAUUCGUGUGGAGGGAACGCCGUAUCUCUGCCGUACGGAUGAGGUUGGAGAGAUCUGUGUGAGCUCCAGCACUACAGGAAUCUCCUAUUAUGGUCUGCCAGGAAUGACCAAGAAUGUCUUUGAGACCAUUCCCGUCACAUCAUCAGGAGCUCCUAUCAGUGACCGAGCCUUCACACGCACCUCUCUGCUGGGCUUCAUUGGUCCGGAUAAUCUGGUGUUUGUGGUGGGCAAGCUGGACGGGCUGAUGGUGGUCAGUGGACGCAGGCAUAAUGCUGAUGAUGUGGUGGCCACAGCGCUGGCCGUCGAGCCCAUGAAGUUUGUCUACAGAGGAAGGAUCGCAGUGUUUUCUGUGUCGGUGCUGCAUGAUGAGCGGAUAGUAGUGGUGGCGGAGCAGAGACCAGACGCUUCAGAGGAGGACAGCUUUCAGUGGAUGAGCCGAGUGCUGCAGGCUAUCGACAGCAUCCAUCAGGUGGGCGUGUACUGUCUGGCUCUGGUUCCAGCAAACACACUCCCCAAAGCUCCUCUUGGCGGCAUCCACAUCUCUGAGAGCAAGCAGCGCUUCCUGGAGGGAGCCCUGCACCCCUGCAACGUGCUCAUGUGCCCACACACCUGCGUCACCAACCUGCCCAAACCCAGACAGAAGCAGCCCGGCACCGAGGUGGGUCCGGCUUCUAUGAUCGUGGGAAACCUGGUGGCAGGAAAGAGGAUUGCACAGGCCUGUGGCAGAGACGUGACCCAGCUGGAGGACCACGACCAGUUUCUGUAUCUUCAGGAUGUCCUGCAGUGGAGAGCUCAGGCCACGCCAGAUCACCCUCUGUUCCUGCUGCUCAACUCUAAGGGCACUGUGGUCAACACUGCGUCCUGUGUGCAGCUGCACAAGCGUGCGGAGCGUGUGGCGUUAGCGCUGAUGGAGAGAGGACGACUGAACGCUGGAGAUCACGUAGCACUGCUGUAUCCUCCUGGCAUUGAUCUGAUCGCCACGUUUUAUGGCUGUCUGUACGCCGGCUGUGUUCCCGUCACCGUCAGACCCCCACACCCGCAGAACCUGACCACAACCCUGCCUACCGUCAAGAUGAUUGUUGAGGUCAGUAAGUCUGUGUGUAUUCUGACCACUCAAGCAAUAAUGAAGCUACUGAAAUCCAAAGAGGCGGCGGCGGCUGUGGACAUUAAAGCAUGGCCGUUGAUACUGGACACAGAUGAUCUGCCCAGGAAGAGGCUUCCUCAGAUCUACAAGCCUCCGUCCCCAGAGAUGCUGGCCUACCUGGACUUCAGUGUGUCCACCACAGGGAUCCUCGCCGGGGUGAAGAUGUCCCACGCUGCCACCAGUGCCUUGUGUCGCUCCAUUAAACUGCAGUGUGAGCUGUACCCGUCCCGACAGAUCGCCAUCUGCCUCGACCCGUACUGCGGCCUGGGCUUCGCUCUCUGGUGUCUCUGCAGUGUGUACUCAGGUCAUCAGUCUAUCCUGGUUCCUCCGCUGGAGCUGGAGACGAAUGCGUCUCUGUGGUUGUCGGCCGUCAGCCAGUAUAAAGUGCGCGUGACCUUCUGCUCAUACUCAGUGAUGGAGAUGUGCACUAAAGGCCUGGGCUCUCAGACGGAAGCUCUGCGGCUACGUAACGUGAACCUGUCGUGUGUGAGGACCUGUAUGGUGGUGGCGGAGGAGCGUCCUCGUAUCACACUCACUCAGAGUUUCUCCAAGAUCUUCAAGGAUCUGGGUUUGUCCACUCGCGCCGUCAGCACCACCUUCGGCUGCAGGGUCAACGUGGCCGUCUGUCUACAGGGCACGGCGGGUCCGGAUCCCACCACUGUAUAUCUGGACAUGCGGGCGCUGCGGCACGACAGGGUUCGAUUAGUGGAGAGAGGAUCACCGCACAGUCUGCCGCUGAUGGAGUCUGGGAAGAUUCUGCCGGGGGUGAAGGUUAUCAUCGCCAACACAGAGACGAAAGGACCUCUGGGAGAUUCUCAUCUGGGAGAGGUCUGGGUGAGCAGCCCCCAUAAUGCCACUGGGUAUUAUACGGUGUACGGCGAGGAGGCGCUGCACGCAGAUCAUUUCAACACCAGAUUGAGUUUCGGGGACACGCAGACGGUCUGGGCUCGCACGGGAUAUCUGGGCUUCUUACGGCGCACUGAACUCACAGAUGCCAGCGGAGAGCGUCAUGAUGCGCUGUAUGUGGUUGGAGCUCUGGACGAGACUCUGGAGCUGCGGGGAAUGCGCUACCAUCCCAUAGACAUCGAGACGUCUGUGAUCCGCUCACACAAGAGCAUCGCCGAGUGUGCCGUGUUCACCUGGACGAAUCUGCUGGUGGUGGUGGUGGAGCUGGAGGGCUCGGAGCAGGAGGCUCUGGAUCUCGUAGCACUGGUGACCAAUGUGGUUCUGGAGGAGCACUACCUGAUCGUGGGGGUGGUGGUGGUGGUGGACCCCGGGGUCAUUCCCAUCAACUCCAGAGGGGAGAAACAGCGCAUGCACCUGCGGGACGGCUUCCUCGCGGACCAGCUCGACCCCAUAUAUGUGGCCUACAACAUGUGAGACUGCGGAACCUGAGGAAUCUGCAGAUGCACAUUUACAGAGGAAGCGUUCGGGGUGGGGGAGAGUGUGGACGGUCGCUUUUCUUCCUCCAGAAACACGAAGAGUCCUUGAUGGAGCUAUGCAGUUUAUUUUUUAUAUCAGACUGACAGAAUGCCUUGGAAAUAAAACUCUGAUUCAGUGGUCAGGCCAAACGACUCAAUUACAUCUCCUGUUUAUCUGAGGCUGGGACACUGAAUCAAUGCAUUGUGAAUCAGGAAAUCAUUCUGCAUUGAUUAUGAGAUUUUAUGAAUGCAUGGAGAUUCUGUUAAAUCAAUUUUAAGCUUCGUUUUCACCAGCAGAUGGCGCUGUAUGCUUUACAAACAGCCUAUAUCUGCUUGCUUCUAAUUGCGUACACAUACCACGCAAACCUAAAAUGAUCAAUAUUAAGGGUUCCAUUAACAAUCGAGUUCAUCGUGAGUUGUUUACAUUAAUCGUAUGACAAAAGUUGAGGUGUAAGUACAUUUGACCUGCUAUUUUUAAGCAUUUGAGUGUAGUUAAAAUUAAACCUAGAGCGCUGUCUCCCCUUAAACACUAGCCUAGAGCGCCGUCUGCCAUUAAACAGUAGCCUAAAACGCCAUCUGUUGUUAAAAACUAGCCUAGAGCACCAUCUGUUGUUAAAAACUAGCCUAGAGCACCAUCUGUUGUGAAAAACUAGCCUAGAGCGCCAUCUGUUGCUGUUGCAGUUUAUGAACUCACAGCGCUGGCUGCACCUCUGAAUGAAUCUAGUGGACUCAGACACGGCUCCAAAUGAAUCGACGCUGUUUUUCAGCCUUCCUAAAGCACAUAAACACAGCUACUGUCUCAAUAAAAUCCACGUUAGCCAUUUAGAAACGAAGCGACAGUCACCGGGCAGACAAAAGCAUCGCCUAUUGAAUCCGCGUCUAUUGCUCAGUGAAUUUAACGCACGAAUAAAGCAGAUUUGACGAACGAAUGAAGUGAGAAACUCAAAAUGUCCAUGCAUCUAUUUACUUACGAAUAGCGCGAUUGGUGUGAACACAGCAUAAAAAUUAUUAAUAAAUCCAUAUAAAACAGUCCCUUAAAAGUGACGUCACGUCUUCAGUUUCACACUCAGGUGCGGUUUGCACUCAGAGUACAAGCGUACUAUGCCAAAGCGCAACGGAACCGCGCUCUGGCACACUUCAAAAAACACGCCAAGGCAUGGUUUGGAUAACCUAGUGUGAGUACACUCUAAAAGUGCACUGGAAGGCAGCCCUAGUGGUCUGAUACAUGUGAGGGUCUGCCCCUGGAUAUUUUAGGCCUAGAGCGUCAUCUGCAGUUAGAAACUAAGCUCAGAAUCGAUUCUAGAACUGAAUCCUGAUGCAUUACGAAAAUCAAAGAAAUUAACCAUGAAUCACAAUGCAUUGAUUGAUUGCUCAGGCCUACCGUUUUCUCAUGUGACAUAACUAUGAGUUCUGAUCAAGAACAUACCGUACUGUAAGACACAUGUGUUGAAUGUUCUCUGUGUGUGAGGAAGACCAGAGUUGUACCACUGUACAGUCAAUUCAAGAACACAUGUAAAUGCAUUUAAAGUCUUGCCAUCACUGUCGCCAAUGAUGUAGCUGUAAAAUAUGCACAAACUAAUUGGUUUUAACAUCAUCACACACAUCUAUGAUAAAUAUUUUAUCCGGAGACCAGACGGCAAUAAUGAAGUGAGUGUCUGCUUGCAGGAGAGCAGUGCUGAAGGUGUGUGUGUGUGUUCAUCCAUUCUCAACAUGGACCUGAAACAUGUUCAUACACCUGAUUCAUUCAUUGUGUGAGCUUCAAGACUGAGCAGGACAGGAAUCAGGGUAAAAACAGUCAAUAGAUGAAGUGUCUUAUUCAGGUAACCGAGUCCCAGUGUGAAAAAGCAUUUCUGCAUCGUCCUCUCAGCUUUUGUUUACGUACUGAUAUUAAUGUUCAUGACUAGAUCAUCUUCUACUCCUGCAGAUGAAUGUAUGAAGGUGACGUUUUCAGUCUCCUACAUAAUACUGUUUGAAAAGAAAGUAGCAUUUUCCAUGAGUCCAUCAAAAGCAAACAGGUGUGACCGUUACUUCAGGAAAUAAACAAUGACCACUGCAGGUUAGGGCUUUUCAUUUUCCUAGCGUCGGCCAGCACUGUAUAGAGCAUUUCUAACACGGCUUGCUUUCUUCUGUUGUGUUCAUUGCGUAUAUAUGACAUGCUGUAAUUAUGUACAGAAUUUGUGUAAUAAGUUAUUACUGGGACACCAGAAAACCACUGAUGCUUUUGUCGUGGUUUUUGCAGCGCUAUUGAGGAAAGCAGAAGCUGCUCAAAUCAAAGUUUCAUUUCUUGAUCAAGCAGUAAGAUGAGUAACUCUUCAUGUCAUGUUUUAUAAGCCGACAGACUCCAGAAGUGGUUUUGCUGCAAGGAUUGUAAAGCACAUACAGCAUCUGUAUCGCAGGAUGAUUGUGUGACUGUUCUGUCAUUUAGUGAACAUUUGGUUGAAACAGCUUUGGACUUCUGUUAAUAUUUCUUAAUAAAAACACCAUGCUUUUAA